UUUACCUCGCGCGGGGGAGAGAGGAAGGGACGCGUCUUGACCAGCCUCCACAUCCACAGGCCAACCCUAGAGGACCUGCUGGGCAGCGACACCCUCAACCCCAACACAGCCUUCCAAGUCCUCAAGUGUACGCAAACCUUCCUGCAGAAGUCGGGGCAACUCGACAGAAUCUAACUCCACCCUGGUGACAGAACGACAAACAAAAACCUGAUACCAACUACCACUGACGGGGCUCUAGAGGCUGUGGCCCCACAGCCUAACUAGCCCCAUAAAACCACCCAAGAAGAAGAAGAAGAGGAAGAGACGCUGUGCUCCGUGCUUACCUAUGAAUGCUUACCUAUGAAUGGAUAGUGGGGCUGAGAGCUUAUUCCACGGGUCUAUAACUCUAAUGGCAAACCAGUUUCCCUUCAUUGUGGUUCGCCAAUGGUCUGGUUUACUCAGCUUGUAGGAGUGGCCCCGCAGUCGCACUCACGGUCAACGGCACUGCCCAUACACUCAGUCCACCCUGGCGGGGACCUCACCAAUGACCUCCAUGAAAACAGGGUCCCAGACAAGCCAGUUGGUCUGAAGGAACCCAACAUGGAGUUUGUGAUAAGCCUGCGAGCCUUCAACAACGUGGGUGACGGGCAACCGGUGUACCAGCAAGUCCGCACCCAGCCAGAGGAGGAGGAGGUGGUGGCACCCACGCUGGACCCGGCGGUGUGGGUGAAGGCCGUGGUGCUGACGCCCUUCACCGUGGUGCUGCAGUGGGCGGACACCAUGCUGAGCCAGAACCAGUACAACAGCUGCACCACCUUCUCGUCCUCAUCCUCCAGCCGCUUCGUCAACGCCACGGAUGUGACCUGCCUCAUUGACAGCCUCAAGCCAUCAACAGUGUGAGUUUGCUGUGAAGACCAUCAGGGUGAGACCAC